GUUGAUUGUCACGAUAACAUAAACAGGUUAUAAUUUGUAUUUCUAACCAAGAUACUACCAUGAGGCCGACUUUUAUAAAACGAGCUAUUAUCAUAAUUAUUGUAUGGAUGGUCAUACUGAUACUCAUUUAUCAACUGAAGAUUCUCAAACUACAACAUUAUAAUGUACCACCAGAAGGGAAAAUCAAUAAAAGGAUUAUAGAAAGAGGAACCUUUUGGAACAAUCAAACUUUUAAGACUGAACUACGAGAAACAUUAAAAUCGCGUGAAGGUACAAAAGCUAUAAAAUAUUUAACGCAUGUUUUGGAUAUUACUAACCUUAGAGUUUAUGUUUAUGAGUUGGACCCAAAGUUUAACCUAGAUGCAUUAGACUGUCUUAAUAAAAGACCAAAAAACUAUACACAUGGUGCUGGGUGUCAUUAUGAUGAAAAUCGUGGCUAUGGACGAGCUGAUGGAGAAUUUGGUAGAGGGGUGAAGAUCUUUAAACAGUGUCAGCAUGGUAUAGAAGUGGUAUUUCACAACAAACUUUUGAAGAGUCCAUAUAUGACAGAAAAUCCUGAUGAAGCAGAUUUAUUUUUUGUGCCAUAUUACGCCUCUUUGAUCUGUUUCUGCCAAGAGAAUGUGAAACAUUCAGACACGGCGAUAUGGGAAGUUCUCAAAGCAUCUAGACCUUACAUACAGAAGAAACCACAUUUCUUUGCCAUAGGAGUUCCACAGGUGGAUUUAUUCUCAAAUCCACACUGGACCCCUAACUGUCAUUUUUUGAAAAAAAGGCUACAGUCAAAUUUUGUGAAGUAUGCACAUAUUGAGUUCAGUCCUCUGUUUAAAGAUGGCAUUAAUGUACCAAGAGAAUCAUACAUUCAUUUCAACACAACCGGUGUGAAGUUUCCACGCAUCAAUAAGGAUAUUUUAGUCUUCAUGGCAGGAAAACCACUUAAAAACUCCCUUCGGAAAAUACUGAUCAGACAAUUAAAUGAUAAGCGGGGCAAGAAUUCAAAGAAAAAUGGGACAUAUUUUGAUUGGAACCAAGCAAAAAAGUUUUGUAAGGAUUCUGCAGCUAAGGAACUGUCUCAGAUUAGGUGCCUACUUAAGUCAGCACAGAGGAGUGUAUUUUGCCUUCAGCCUCCCGGGGACACGGCUACCAGGAAAUCAUUCUUCGAUACAAUGCUAACAGGGUGUAUACCAGUGAUAUUUACCCAUCAUCCGACAUAUUUCUACCCAUUCCAAAAUCUCAUUAAGUAUAACUAUCCUUUCAAUUAUGACAACUUUACUGUUUAUAUCAAAGAGGAGCGUAUUACUAAGCAAGGAGAGAACAUCAUUGAUAUCUUGUCCAAAAUCCCUAGGGAUAAGAUCAGGAGUAUGCAGGAACAUUUGAAGGUGAUUGCCAAAUAUUUCCAAUAUGGCACAUAUGGAAAUGGGGAGGAUGCAUUCACUAUGAGCCUAAGGACAAUUCUGACUGAAUUCAAUAUUGAAGGAAAAUUUCUAAAGAAACAAACAUGAAUCAAUAGACACAUCCUAAGAUGUAUAAAGAGUUCCAUAUAGAGGAACCUGAAUGUUGAUGGAGUGUAUUUUGAUGAAUAUCUGGAUAGUCCAUGACCUUUAUUCGCUAAGAUCAUUCCCAAAGUACAGACAUACAUAUUCCAUAGCAGGCCCGUAGCCAGGAUU